UCUAAAUCGCCAAGUCGAGCCGGAUGGGUGUGGUAGUUGACGUCGCGCCGCUGAGCAGCCUUCCGCUCGAACUGACAAAGGCCGCGCCGUGGCAGCCGGACGACGCCUCGGACGCCUGCAUUCGGUGUCAACACGCCUUUACGACGUGGUUCCGCCGACGCCACCACUGCCGUGCGUGCGGCCACCUCGUGUGCGCCGACUGCAGCCCGCACUUUACGCCGCUACCAGCCCUCGGGUACCUCCAGCCCGUGCGCGUUUGUGUCGAGUGCAACCCGACGGCGCUGCGCCACAUGAGCAGCAUGGACUCGUCGGCGUCGACGUCGAGCCCCGUCUCGGACGCCGACAUCGACUUUGAGGACGACGAGAUGGAGGCCGCGUACCAAGAGAUUGCCGCGCAUUCGCUCUCCAAGCAGUCGCGGCUCUCAUACGAGUACUUCGUCAAGUCGGAGGCCGUCAACUGGCUCGUCGACAACGGCGUCGUCAAGUCGCGCCUCAUGGGUGUCCAGCUCUUUCACCGGCUCGUGCUUGAAGGCCUCGUAUCCGAAAAGGCCAUCGGCGACGGCCCGUCGUCCUGUGCGUUCUAUGUCAUCAACGACGAUAACCACCGGCUCGCGUCCGAGCGCCGGUCGUCGUUCUACGAGACGCCGCUGUACGCCGAGACGGACAAGUGCCUCAACUGCACGCGCGGGUACCUCGCGAGCUUGGCGCCGGUCCGCGGUUUUUGCUCGAUCGAUUGCAAGACCAACUCGGAGUUCAGUCACUCGGAUCGUCUUCGCGCCAACAAGCUCUGCACCUAGAACCCUUUUUGUUAUUACUAUCGUGACGUAUUAACUUAUACACCAUUUUCAUCCAUUUGCAUCUCCCC